UUUCUUCCUGCCCACCACCUCGUUCACUCUCUUUUUCUUUUCCCCCUUCUUGUUCUAUCUCUACACUCGCUUUCUCUGCUUUCUGCGUCUUCUUUUCAGGCUGGGGUUCUGGUGGCCAAGGAAUUGGGUAUCGAUUGCUGCGAGUCCUUGUUCCACGACAUUUCAAAUCGGGCCCUAUUAAAACAUCCACUUUUCAACACCGCCGUUUCAAUUUUUAUUUUUAUUUUUUAUUUUCUUUUUUUUUUGACUCUCUGUUUCCUUUCCUCCAGCUUUUCUCCAGUGUGCGAAGGCCCCGAUCAACGCGACCAACUAUCGCUACCGUUACCAUGUCCCCCAGCGCUUCCAGCCAGUCCCACUCCGUUCGCCGGAGACCGUCGUUUCUCUCCAAGGUCCGCCCAAAGACAGCUGGGGCCGACCAGGGUUCAGACCGUCAUUCUGAGCCCUUUCACCCUGCCAUCUGGGCCCCUAGCGGUGAUGGAAGCUACAAAGAGGCUGUCUCUCAUUUUUAUCACGAACCAGCCAUCCCAAAACGUGCCAACGCCGAAUUUCUUGACCUGCCGGCUACCAACGAGCUGGAACCGUCAGAAUCGUUUGGCCCCUCGACGACAAGGCGCCAUAGCAAGAGUAUAUCCUCGAUCCGAUAUGGGGUUAGCGAGCUGCGGGCCGCGGUCCGUCGCUUCUCUUUCACAAUCCGUCAUAAAUCAUACAAACAUUCGUUAGACGUUCCCUUGGAAGAAGGAGCCCCGGAAACCCAUCCUGGUGAUUGUUCUCGAAAAGAACCGCGACACGGGAGGUUCAGGAACCAUCGCAUGCACCGGCAGUCUUUCAGCAGUUUUCACGCCCUAAACCGAUCCCAGUCGCAUACUUCUGGUAUCCCGCUACCGAUCCCUGCAAACACCCCUGACCUACCCCUAUUCCCCGAAGAAUUGUCCGGAGGAGAGGCAGCUCGUGCCGCCGCCGCUGCACAAAACGAGAUCAUUCGUCUCGAACGCGUUACAUCGACCACGGAAACCAAAGACUUUGCGAUCUCCCAGGGCAAUGACACCAAACCGUCCCUCGACUCGGAGAGUGGAAUAGAGAUCAAUAUUCAAGAUAGCGUCCGUGGUUCAGAAGAUGACCUGGAUGUUGUACGAAAAGACCCUGUGGAGUAUCUGCCCACAGAGCUGAUGUGCCAUAUCCUGUCGUACCUGGAUGCUGAGUCAGUUAAAAAUGCGGAAUUGGUUUCACACGCGUGGAAUGCACAGGCUUCAUCUCGACAUGUGUGGAGGGAAGUGUUUCGGCAUGAGUACCGUCACGGCUAUCGUGCGGCGAGCGCAAAGGAAGGCAAGGCGAAACCGAUGGGACUUGGGAGGGUACGGCCAAACCAGGACUGGAAGAAAAUGUACGCCGUCCGCCGCGCUCUGGAAAGCCGGUGGAAGGAAGGGAAGGCUGCCGCCAUUUACUUGCACGGCCAUAAGGACAGCGUCUACUGUGUCCAGUUCGAUGAGAACAAGAUCAUUACAGGUUCUCGCGACAGGACAAUCCGCGUCUGGGACGCUCACUAUCCUUGGCCUUGUUUGAAAGUUAUCGGCGCCCUUCAUGAUCGAAGCGACAGUGCGCACAUCGGUCCUUUGGCGAUUAAUCCUCAACCGGACUCUCCCGGAAGCACGCCGUUCAUCAGCAUUUGCCCGCCAGCAAAAUCGGCCAGCGAAUUAAUGAAAGAGGACCCCGAUUACCAGGACUACCAUCGCGCCUCGAUCCUCUGUCUUCAGUUUGACGAGGAAAUAAUGGUUACAGGUUCAUCUGAUUUUACAUGCAUCGUAUGGGACAUCAAGGACGAUUACAGACCCAUCCGUCGUCUAGAGGGGCAUCGCGCCGGUGUUCUCGACGUCUGUUUUGACGGCAGAUACAUCGUCUCCUGCUCUAAAGAUACAACCAUCUGCGUCUGGGAUCGCCAGACCGGUGAACUCGUCAAGAAACUUCUCGGCCACCGUGGACCCGUCAACUCCGUUCAACUACGGGGUGACCUUGUCGUCUCCGCCAGUGGUGACGGUAUCGCUAAACUCUGGAACAUCACAUCCGGUCUCUGCAUCAAAGAAUUCGCUAGCCGUGAUCGAGGGCUUGCAUGUGUAGAAUUUAGCGAAGACGCGCGCACCAUCCUCGCAGGCGGGAAUGACCAGGUGAUUUACCAAUUCGACGCGAACACUGGUGAACUCGUCAACGAGCUGAAAGGCCAUAGCGGUCUAGUCCGGUCCUUGCACAUGGAUAACGAGAAUGGCCGUGUGAUCAGCGGUAGCUAUGAUAUGAGUGUGAAAGUGUUUGACGCGAAAUCUGGAGAGCUCUCUAUCAAUCUUCCUGGCUGGACCACGAGUUGGAUGUUGAGUGCAAAAUCGGAUUAUCGACGGAUUGUGGCCACCAGUCAGGAUUCGAGAGCCGUUAUUAUGGAUUUCGGCUAUGGUUUGGAUGGUAUUGACCUAUUGGAGGAAUAGAGAGGACCAGAACUGCCCCGUGGUAUUCCCAGGUUCUUUACCUCUUCAUUUCGGUUUAUUUUACUUUUCUUUUCUUUUCCAACCCCUUCCGUGAUGGAUUUCUCUUAAAUCUUUUUAUAGACUGUUUUCUCCUUUUUCUUUUUUUCUCUUUCUUUUUCUUUUUUUCUUUUUAUUCAUUUAUUCACUUCUAUUUUCAUGUCUACUUUAUUUAAUGCAGUCUUGGGUUUUUUUCUCGGUUAGAUGUGUUGCAUUGCGCAGGGUUUGCAGGGGUUGUUGCCAGGAGCAUGUCACAUGGAGUGUUCACCUUGCAUAUUUUCUGAUAUUUCUCUUAGUUGCUUCGCCCCCCGUUUGUCCUUUUUUUUUUCUCUCUCUUUGCUUUAGCCUAUUUUGUUCUUCCUUUCCCCUACGCUUUUGAUAGACUCGGAGCAGUAUUUUGCUAUAUUUUGGUCCAAGCGAAGUAUCCUUGAUUUGCUUUCAUGAUCUUUCCAGCGAUAUUUAUGAAUUCAGCCGCUGGCACUGC